CUACCACUAGGGGUUUUUACAUCAAACUAGUUUACAUGGUAUCAGAGCUAUCUUUCUUCGGAUUUUCUAACCUAGUUUUGUCCGUCCGUGUUCCGAUCGGCAGUCCUUGUCUCUGUUUCGAUCGGCUCUGUUGAGGUCGCCAAAAAUCUUCAGCCGUCUCUGCUGAACAAAUUUCGUCGGCCCAAUUGCUGUGGUGAAGAACAAAUGUCUUAGACGUCGGCCCUAUUGCUGUGCGCUCGUCGCUUCAGCGAUUUCUGAAGUUUGCCAGUCAAAACCGAUCGCGAGAUUCAAUUCAUCAUCAGAGGUCCGUCACUCUCGCACUCGUCGGAUAAGUCGCAAGCUUCAUCUUCCGGCGAUCUGAUUGUCCGAUCUCUGGAGCUCGUCCAACAGUUAUGAAGUUUGUUUUGCCGAAUCCGUUCAUUUAUUUUAGCCUAUAGUGCGCUUGUCCUCUUCCACUGUGUUCAUCAAUUUUGCAAUUGUGUUUUGCCCAAUCUGUUCAUCAAUUUGUGAAGCUCUUCCACUGUGUUGCUUUUCCUCUCUGUUCUCCACUGUGUUUUGUGGAUAUUUAUGGAAGCCAGGAUGAAUGAUGAUAAGGUGGUCUUAUUAAUGUCUCUUAUUGAUUCUUUUGCAUGCAACCAAACUAAUGGAAUUUUAUCACAUUUAUUUGAUCUCAAGGACUUUUCUCCUCGUUCCAUUUGUCUUCCUGAUAGAUCUCGUAUUCAGGCUGUUAAAAAGGACUAUGCAACGAAGAUGGAGAUUGGAUAUGGUGAUUUGCGAAACGGUGUGUAUGUUUUUGCUUCCCCUCCAGCAUCAGCUCUCGUAGCUAAUAUUGAUCCGUUUGUUCUUCAUCAACAACGACAACAGCAGCAGCGCCCCUUCAGCACAAGCCACUUCUCCGCCACCCACUAUCCAGUCGUUGCCUCCUCGUAACCGCCGCCUUCCGUCUCAUCUCAAUGAUUAUGUUCUUCAUUCUGCAAAGACAGUCACUCUGUCUUCCUCAUCAUCUAGUUCAUGUUCAUCUGGUACUCGGUUUCCAAUUACUAACUUUGUUCAUUAUAAUAAGUUACAUGACAGGUA